CAUCAUUUUCUCAACUUUGUGCUGUUGGCACUACGUCUCACACUCCUUUCUGAAAGGCAAGGGUGCGAGUCUUAAAUAGAAUUAGGAAACCUUCUUGAAAGCUGUUCUCCAUCAUGGGAAACGAGUUCGAAAUCCCCUCUGUCUACGGCAGAAGACCAAUUUCUGCAGACCACGAGACGCUCAAGAAACAAAACCUUAGAGCCCACAAGAGACAAGAAAGCUGGACUCGCCACUUCGCAAGAAGAGAUUUCUUGCAGGGGUUCCCAGACUAGGCCAUCUUUUGUGCAUCCGGCUGCAAAAACGCCAGCAAGGUUUAGCGAAUACGUAAAGCGUUUGCGUCAUUUGCAUGUCUUUUGAGGUCUCCUUUGGACCCUAAGAGGAGUCCCCAGAGCAAGGAUGGAGGCCGUAGCCCUCUACAACUUCCGAGCCGAAGAGAAGGACGAACUAGCCUUCAAGAAGGGAGACACGCUCAAGAUCCUGAACAUGGAAGGUGACCUCAACUGGUACAAAGCCGAGCUCUUUGGCAUUGAAGGAUUCGUCCCCAAAAACUACAUCAAAAUGAAGCCUCACCCGUGGUUCUCUGGCAAGAUUUCCAGGCAAGAGGCGGAAAAGGCCCUCCUGCGACGCCAGUUCCGGGGAGCCUUUCUCAUCCGAGAAAGCGAGAGCAGCCCGGGAGAUUUCUCCAUCUCUGUAAACUAUGGAGACCAGGUCCUCCAUUUCAAAGUCCUCCGAGAGAAGAAAGGGAAAUACUACCUCUGGGAGGAGAGGUUCAACUCCAUCAAUGAGCUGGUGGAUUUCUACAGGACCAACAGCAUCGCCAAGAAGGGCCAGGUCUUCCUCCGAGACCACAGAGAAAUGCAGGAGCCCAAGAAGCCAAAGUUUGUCCAAGCCCAAUUCGACUUCUCGGCUGAAAGCCCUUCCCAGCUGAGUUUCUGCAGAGGGGACGUUCUUGAGAUCCUCGACGCCUCCAACCCACAUUGGUGGCGAGGGAGGAUUGGGCUGAAAACGGGCCUCUUGCCCCGGAACUACGUUUUCCCCUUGCGAAUGUGA